AUGUAUCUCAGGACCAAGGUGCACUUGCGCUGGCGCAAGCAGACCCAAUGGCCACCUGCGCCUUCCGUGGAAGACGAGACGGUAUCCCUUUCUCGCGAACUACACGGGAUGACCAAGCUAGGAGAAAAGCCCGGAGUGGAGGGUGUCUGCUCUCGGGGAACUAUUGACCAGCAUCCAGUGAUCGUGGAUGUGCUAUCCUUCUCCUCAGUUGUUCACACGACGAUCUAUGACGACUCAGUCCGCGAGAGCGGCUCUGAUGACAACGCAGGGCCGCCAACGCCGUCAGCGGAAAUUGAACAUGACCCAAUGCUCUACAUUGUCGAGGAUGAUCAGGCUGUGCCUCUGUCGACCUCAUGGGCUUCUUCAGAUAAGAUUUGCGCUCCAAAUUCGCUAGCACGCCCGCAGCAAGCCCGAACCCCGAGCAAGACCGUCGAUGGCCGGCCUAGCGGAGCCAAAUUCAGUACUCAGAGGGACAGUAUUCCCAAGAGAGAUUUGGCCCAGGGAUCCCGGACUGGCCCUGUGACAUUCAACACGCCCGCCAAAGCGAUCGAAACCACAACCACGGCAUCCCCGCCUGGUUUGAAGCGAGCGGGCAGUGCGAAGCCCAGUUCAUCUGCCAAGCAGGUGACCAGGCCUCCCAUGCCGAAGCUAGGCCAUCAAUCUGAUUCGGCUGCCAUUGGAGUGAAGGGUUCCUCGCUCAAGCCUCCGGCCUCACCCACAGAAAAGUCUUCCACUGGGCCUACUUUGGCUGAGAGGAUAGAGGAGAAGUUGCGCCAGAGGCAAGAACUUCGCGCAUCGCAAGAGGCUUCACAGAACCACGAUCAGAACAGUCCGCCACCUGCAGCUGCAGCUACCCAACCGAUCGCCACCGUUGAGCAAGCAGGCCUCAAGCCAUCCAUUACGUGCCCUAAUGGGUGCGGCGCGCCACAGGCUAACCAGCCGAUCCCUUCUAAUAGACGUGCUGUGUCUUUCCUGGAUGACACGUUGCAGCGGCCUGUGUCACCCGAUGAAGACCCCGAAGAUGCUUACCAGACUGGAAAACAAGUUGGUCGGCGAAGCUCUUCGCAGGGUGCCGUGCGCAGAAGUUCUCCUAAGCCCCAGUACUUUCUGUCGCCUUGCCCUCGGUCAGUUCCUGUGGCAGGAUACCAGGACUGGCACACCGUCAAGGGAAUCCCUCACUUGGAUAUCUGUCCAUCCUGCAUGAAACAGAUGCGCAAGUCCCGGUUCCGAGAUCUCUUUGUCCUAGCGAGCCCCCGACCCCGCGAAGAGAAGGUUCGCUGUUCCAUGAAUGAGCCAUGGACGCGCUUGGCAUGGAUGCAGACACUCAAGAAGCACUUGGACCACCUGGAUCUGCUCCUGCAGAUCACGCGGCCACCGUCAGGCAGCAAGCCUUGCCCGGGACGCACUAUCAGUGAUCAGUACUGGUACCGUGUGGUGGACCCGGACACCGACAUGUAUCUCCCGCAGUUCAACGUAUGCCACUCCUGCGUUCGCAACCUGAGGACUUUGAUGCCGCGGCACCGGGAGACAUUCAAACGCAGUGCCACCAAGCAGGAGAGGGCGUGUGACUUUGUGACUGACAGUGCUCGGUUCGUCCGCUAUAUCGACUGCCUGGAUAUGGCCGCCAACCGAGCCGAGCUGGAGCAUGCGGUGCGGCCGGACAUCCGCGAGUUCCUGUCCUAUGCGCGGCGCAAGGUAGUACUUCGAGAUUGCCGGCGGGACCGGCAGGUUCUCAGCACCUGGCACUACAUGCCGCAGCUGCCUGAGCUCACGGUGUGUGAGGACUGCUACGACGAUGUGGUGUGGCCGCUGGUCAAGGCCAAGCUCCCGAUUGCGCGCAAGUUCUCGACCACGAUGCGGCUUCUUCCUGGGGAAGGCCCGUCGCGCUGUCGCGAGGCGAGCUGCCAGCUGUACUCGCCACGGAUGCGCAUGAAGUUUCAGGAGGCGGUGCAGCUGGACGACCUGACGUAUCUGAAGCUGGUGGCGCUGCGACGUCGGGAGGCCGAGCAGCGGUACCGAGACCGCCAAGCCGAGCUGCUGGAGGAUGCCAGUCGGGGGUAUGAAGUUGAGAGUGAGAUGCGGAAGAACAUGGAGGAGUGGAAGCGAUGGGAGUAG